AUGAACUUGGUGCUCUUCGACGAUGCAGUGCUCCACGUCUGCCGCAUCUGCCGCAUCACGGCGAAUCCCUGCGGCAGUGCGUUGUUGGUCGGCGUGGGAGGGAGCGGCAAGCAGUCCCUGGCGCGCCUCGCCUCCUUCAUCAAUGGCCAGGAAGUCUUGAGCAUCCUCGUGAACCAGCACUAUGGCUUGCCGGAGCUCAAAACGGACCUCCAGGCCUUCUACAAGAAGGCCGCGGUGAAGCCAGCAACUCCGCAGGCAUUUCUGCUGACAGACAGCCAGAUUACGGAUGAGCGGUUCUUGGUUUUCAUCAAUGACAUGCUCUCGAGCGGCAACAUCCCCGAUCUCUUUGCUCGCGAGGAAUACGACAACAUCUUCUCCGCCAUUCGGAACGCUGCAAAGUUUGCAGGCUAUCUCGAUGACCGCGAGUCCCUCUUCCAGUACUUCCUGGACAAAGUCCGCUCGAACCUGCACCUGGUCCUCUGCCACUCCCCCGUGGGCUCCGCCUUCCGGAUCCGCGGGCGCAAGUUCCCGGCGUUGAUCAGCUGCAUGGCGCUGGACGUCUUCCACGCCUGGCCUCGCGACGCGCUGGUUGGCGUGGCCGACCGCUUCCUUCUGAAACUCCGGGACCGAAACAUCGAGAACGAGGAGACCUUGCAAGCCAUCUCCCACCACGCUGCCGAAGUUCACAUCUCCAUCUACCAGGCCAACCGGCGAUACCUGGAAGAGGAGCGGCGCUUCAACUCCACGACCCCCAAAGCCUUCCUGGAGUUCAUCGGCUUCUACGUCCGGAUGCUGACCUCCAAGCAAGCCAGCGUGGAGCUCAACGUCUCUCGACUCGAGCGGGGCCUGGCCAUCAUGCGCGACGUCCAAGAUGGCGUGGCAGACCUGAAGCAGGACUUGGAGAGGACCCUCCGACAGGUGGACGAGAAGAAGGUGGCCACGGAGGAGCUCAUCAAGCAGGUGACCGCAGCAUCUCAAGUGGCAGCGGUGGAGAAGGAGGCAGCGCGAUUGGAGCACGGCAAGUGCGAGGCUCUGGCUGCCGAGGCCAUGCGCAUGAAGGACCAGGCGGAUCAAGAGCUUGUGGAGGCUCUGCCGGCCAUGGAGAAGGCCAAGGCGGCCGUGGACUGCCUGGACAAGACCUCCAUCCAAGAGCUGAAAGCUCUUGGCAAGCCUCCACGGGAGUGCGUCGACGUGGUGGCCGCCUGUGGCUUCUUGCUGAGACAGGAAAAGCGACAAUUGGAUUGGAAAGGCUGCCAGAAAAUGAUGCAGUCUCCCCAGCAGUUCAUUGAUGAUGUGAAGGUGUUCAACGCCGAGAACAUCCCAGAGCAGGUCCUUGCGAACACCGACGCGUUGAUCGGAGCUGACUACUUCAACUUCGAGUCGAUGAAAAACAAGAGCGUUGCGGCUGCCUACCUCACCAACUGGGUGGUCAACAUCGUGACCUACAACAAGAUCUACACGAAGGUUGCGCCUCUCAUGGAGAAGGUGAAAGUGGCCCAGGCCACCACGGAUGCUGCCAAGCUGCAGCUGCGGGAGGUCGAGAAGAGGGUUGAGGCAGUGGAGGCCAGCUGUGCCCAGCUCGACCAGCAGCUCAGCGACGCGACCUCUGAGAGGGAGAGGAUGGAACGGCAGGCCGAGAGCUGCGUGCAGCGGCUGAGCACCGCGGAGCGGCUGGUCUCCGGUUUGGCCGACGAGAACGAGCGUUGGGCCACAACGGUGGUGGAUCUCCGAGAUCUCGGCUUGCGGCUCAUAGGCAACUGCAUGCUGGCCAGCGCCUUCGUCGGCUACGCCUCGCCCUUCUCUGCCAGGCUGCGGCAGGAUCUGUGGCAGCAGGCUUGGAGCCAGGACCUGAAGCAACGGGAGAUCCCCAUGACCCAGAACAUCGACCCGCUGGCCGUGCUGGCCACGGACGCCGACGUGGCCGGCUGGAUGAACGAGGGGCUGCCAGCAGAUCGGGUCUCGGUGGAGAACGCCUCGGUGGUGACCUCUUGCUCGCGCUGGCCGCUGCUGGUGGAUCCUCAGCAGCAGGGAGCACGAUGGAUCAAGCAGCGUGUGGGCGAGGAGCUCUCGGUGAUCCAGCUCUCCAUGUUCAAGUGGCUGGAGAGGGUCGUCGGCUGCGUGCAGACCGGUGGGCAGCUCCUCAUCGAGGCACUGGCUGAUGAGAUUGAUGCCGUCCUGGAACCUCUCUUAUCCAGAGCAGUCAUCCAGCGGGGGAAGCAAGGCCAAGGCCCCAUGUUCCUGAAGCUUGGCCCCGAUGAGAUCGAAUACGACCCGAAGUUCCAGCUGUACCUUCAGUCCAAGCUGCCGAACCCCCACUUCCGCCCCGAGGUUUCUGCCCAAUGUACGGUGGUGAACUUCAUCGUCACUCCCGAGGGUCUCGAGGAGCAAGUGCUGGCCAUGGUGGUGAACUGCGAGAAGCCCCAGCUCGAGGAGGAGAAGCAGACGCUGGUUCGACGGCAGAACGAGUACAAGGUGGUGCUGAGCAGGCUGGAGGACGAGCUGCUAUCCCAGCUGUCUGCUGCCGAUCCGACGACCAUCCUGGACAACUUGCCCCUGAUCGAGGGCCUGGAGAAGACGAAGCAAACAAGUCGCGAAAUUGGCUUGCAAGUGGCGGAGGCGCAAAAGACCGAGGUUGAGAUCAAUCACUCCAGAGAACUCUACCGGCCAGUGGCAGCGGAAGGUUCCAUGCUUUUCUUCCUAAUCAACCAGCUCUGUGUGGUCUCUUGGACUUGGAAGGAAGAGCGCGCAGAGUGCAGCGGCGGCAGAGAGAGCUCGGCCGCGCUCGGCCAGGGCUCGGAGGAGGUGUCGGAGCGCACGGAGCUGCUCAUCGCAUCGGCCCGGCUCACCGUCUUCCGCUGGGUCAACCGGGGCCUCUUCGAAGACCACAAGCUCAUCUUCUGCACGAUGCUGGCUUUCCGCUUGCUCUCCCUUCGACAGCUCCAGGAGGACUUCGUCCCAAGCCACUUCAGCUUCCUGCUCCGAGCGCCUUCGGUGCCGGUCUACGAGAACCCUCUGCACGACUGGCUCCCGAACAAGAGCUGGGCCAUGGUCCUGAAGUUGGUGGAACUCGAAGGCUUUGAGAACUUCGCGCAGAACAUGGAGCGCGACGCUCCCAACCGCUUCCGGGAUUGGAUGGCCGAACCGGCCCCGGAGGAUGCCAAGCUGCCGCUGGAUUGGAAGACGCUGGACGCAAAAUACUUUCGGAAGUUGCUGGUCAUCCGCUGUCUUCGGCCGGACCGGAUGUCCAUCGCGCUGGCCAAGUGGAUAAGGCAGACCCUUCCAAGCGGCAGAGAUUACAUCGACUGCGAUGCAUCGCUGUCUUUCUACAAGGUGCUCCAGUCGUCUUAUGAGGACUCCACCAGCAACACACCAUUCUUCUUCAUUCUGUCGCCGGGGGCAGAUCCCGUCAAAGAGGUGGAAGCCCUGGGCAAGGUCCUGAUUGGCUUGCAGGCCAACGUGAACUACCACAAUGUCGCCAUGGGCCAGGGGCAGGAUGAGAUCGCCAUGCAAAAGCUGGAGUUAGGAUCCAAAGAGGGACAUUGGGUCAUGCUCCAGAAUAUCCACUUGAUGCCCUCCUGGUGUGCCACGUUGGAGAAGAGGUUGGAUGCCUUUGCGGUUGAGAACAGCAGCCCCUACUUCCGGCUCUUUCUCUCCGCGGACCCCUCGUUGGGAAUCCCCAUUGGCUUGCUGGAGCGGUCCAUCAAGCUCACCAACGAACCGCCCCAGGGCCUCCAGGCCAAUUUGAGGCGCUCCUUCGCUCUCUUCAAGCGGGAGGAGUUCGACGAGCGGGACAGCAAGAUCAAGUCCAUCCUGUUUGCUUUGUGCCACUUUCACUCUUUGAUGUUGGAGCGGAAGAAGUUUGGGGCCUUGGGCUACAACAUGAAGUACCCGUUCUCGAACGGCGAUCUUCGCGACUCGGCCUCCGUUCUCUACAACUACUUGGAGGGCUCCACGGCGGUGAAGAUCCCGUGGGAGGACCUGAGAUAUAUCUUUGGGGAGAUCAUGUACGGAGGGCACAUUGUUGACGACUGGGACCGCAGGAUGUGCCAGAAGUAUCUGACGUACUUCAUGCAGGACGAGAUCUUGGACGAGAUGGAGCUUGUUCCCUACGCUGAUGGGCAGCUCAGCUGGAAGUCUCCCGGCCCCGGAACGCACGAGAAAUACCUGGAGCACAUCGAGACGAUGCCGGCGGAGUCGCCCUUGUUCUUUGGGAUGCACCCCAACGCGGAGAUCGACUUCCGCACGAAGAUGUGCGAGACCAUCUUCGAGCUCCUGCAGCUGAUUCAGCCCAAACGCAGCCCGGGAGAGGCUGCUGAGGAGCAGUCGCCCAUGGCCGCUGCUGAAGAGAUGUGCAACGAGAUUCUGGAUGAGGUUCGAGAGGUUCGAUUCAACGUCGAGGAGAUCUCUGGGCAGCUGAGCGAGGAGGAGCGAGGGCCGUACCAGUUCGUGAUGAUGCAGGAGUGCGAUUGCAUGAACUGUCUGGUUCAGGAAAUGGUGCGGGGGCUCAACGAGCUGCAGCAAGGAUUCAAAGGAGAGCUGACCAUGUGCGAACACAUGGAGCAGCUAGCGGAGGCCUUAGCGGAGCAGAUCUUGCCUGUCUGGUGGGUGAAGCUGGGCUUCCCCUCCACGCGGCCCCUGAGGUCUUGGCUGGUGAACCUCAAGGACCGCUGUGCGCAGCUGGAGGAUUGGUCGGCCGAGCCCAUCCACAUCCCCAAGGUGGUGGACGUCUCCAAGCUCUUCAACCCGCAGAGCUUCCUCACGGCCAUCAAGCAAGUCUGCUGCCAGAGCGUGAACCUGGAGCUGGACCGCCUGCACGUCUUUACCGAGGUCACGAAGCGCUUGGACCCAAAGAUGGUCGACAGCCUGGCGCGCGAAGGGGCCUACGUCACCGGCAUGUACCUCGAGGGUGCUCGCUGGGAUGCGAACGCCAACUGCUUGGAGGAUUCGCGACCGAAGGACAUGUUCACACGGCUGCCGGUGAUCAAUUGCAAGGCCGGCUUGCAACAGGAGAAGGAAGACAAGAACAUGUACAUGUGCCCCACCUACUGCGUGCCGACACGCAGGCCACACUUCGUCUUCGUGGCCCAGCUGAGAACAAAGCAACCUGCCGCCAAGUGGGUCUUGGCGGGGGUGGCGAUCAUCCUCGACAUCGGCCAGCGGUCUCAGAGGGAUUUGCGCUUUCCGGGGCAGCUGCAGCAGCGUCUGUGA